CCUGGAAGGACUGAGAGGCCCGGAGCCAUCAUUGUCUCUCACUGAGAAGGGACACAGAGGCCAACAUGGCUGGCUUUCCUCGGCUGCUGCUGCUGCUGCUGUUCUGGGACAUGGGAUCACAGGGCUUCCCAGCGAGUCCAAAACCACAAGAGCAAGAUAUGGAGGUGGUCCAGAAAUACCUGGAAAACUACUACAACUUGAAGAGUGAGAUGAAGCAAGUCAAAAAGCAGGGAAGAUAUGAUCCCGUGGUUGAAAAGCUGAAGCAAAUGCAGGAAUUCUUUGGUCUGAAGGUGACUGGAAAGGCAGAUGCUGACACCCUGGACCUGAUGAAAAAGCCCAGAUGUGGGGUGCCCGAUGCGGGCUCGUAUGUCCUCACCUGGGGGAACCCUCAUUGGAAGCACAGAAACUUGACCUACAGAAUCAUAAACUACACACCAGAUUUGCCUCGAGAGGAUGUGGACUGUGCCAUUGAGAAAGCCUUUGACCUCUGGAGUAAGGCCACAGUCCUGACCUUCACCAAGGUCCAUGAGGGCGAAGCGGACAUAUUGCUCUCAUUUCUCCGGGGAGAUCAUCAUGACAAUUCUCCUUUUAAUGGACCGGGUGGUCAGCUCGCUCAUGCGUUCCAACCAGGAGCAGGCCUUGGAGGAGAUGUUCACUUGGAUGAAGAUGAAACAUGGACUGAUGACUUCAGAGAUUACAACUUACUUCAGGUUGUGGCACAUGAAUUGGGCCAUUCCCUUGGGCUUUCCCAUUCUAAAGACAUUGGGGCUUUGAUGUACCCCAACUACAUCUUCACUGGUGAUGUUCUGCUGUCUCAAGAUGACAUCGAUGGCAUCCAGGCUAUUUAUGGACCUUCAAAAAAUCCCAUCACUGGGCCACGAACCCCACAAAUCUGUGAUACAAAGCUAACAUUUGAUGCUGUAACCAAAGUUCGUGGAGAAGUGUUCUUCCUGAAAGACAGGUUCUUCAUUCGUUAUCAUCCCUAUCACAAUCCACAAGGAACACUCAGUUUCAUCACUGAUUUCUGGUCAUUUCUGCCAAGUAAUCUCGAGGCUGCUUAUAAUGUUCCUGAGAGAGAUGAAAACCUGUUUUUCAAAGGCAGUAAGUACUGGGUCAUCAAAGGAGAUCAGUCCUCCUAUGGACGCCCCAGGGACAUCUAUAGCUCCUUCCGCUUCCCUAAAAGAGUGAAGAAAAUUGAUGCUGCUGUUCAUGAGGAAGAAAGUGGAAAGACAUACUUCUUUGUGGCCGAUGAGUACUGGAGAUAUGAUGAAUACAAGCGGUCCAUGGAUGUGGGUUAUCCCAAAAAGAUCAUUUAUGACUUCCCUGGAAUUAACGAUAAUGUUGAUGCUGUUUUCCAAAAUGAAGGAUAUUUCUAUUUCUUCAUUGGAAAAAAGCAGUACAAAUUUGACCCUAAAACGAAGCGAACCUUGGCUGUCCUGAAGACGAACAGCUGGUUCAAAUGUUAGAAAUAACCGGUGGCUGACUAUCACAAAGGAGAGAGAAAAAACAUAUAUUUCAAAUGAGCCCAAGGAAAGUGUUUUCCUAAGGAAUUGGAUAUUUCAUCAUUUUAUUUUAAUCUAUAGUCACAACUUAAAAUUUUGUUGUAGUCUUUUGGUAGAGAUAUGCAAGUACAACAUUUUUAGCCUCAAUUUGAACAUAUUCCUCGUUAAGAGUGUAUUGUCUCAUGAAUUUGUAAGCUAGCUGUAAGUGAGCUCUAAGGCUAUCAAAGUCAUAGUUUAUCCUUAGGUUUUCAUAGAGAAAAGCUCUUUGCCAGAGUCCAAGACCAAACUUCACCUGAGAUGCUGUCAGAGGUAGGAUGCAUAUCUCAGUCUAUCCAAGAAGACAAGACCCCCCUCAGGUUCACCUAAAGAAAAAUAAUGCUUUGUAUAUGAAAGCACUGUCACAUAUCAAAGAAAACCAACACUUCAUGUGAAAAACAAGGUAACUUUUAUUAACAUGUGAUAUGCAUGUGGAAAAGGCACAUACCAUAAGUAUAUAGCUUGAUGACUUCCCAACAACCAAGUAACCAGUAUACGAAUCAAGGAAAAAUGAAGAUUAUCAGCAUGCCAGAGUCCCUAUGGAGCUUCUUUAGGCACUAACUCUUCUGUCCUAACUUCUGAUAUCGCUAAGCCAUCUGCUGGUUCUCCUAACUACUUAUAUCAUAGAUAAACUUUACCUCUGUCUGAACUUAAAAUAAAUGAAGUAUGGGACCAGCAGUUAGUGUAAUGGCUGUGUCACUGGACUCCCAUGUAGUUGACCGCAGUUCAAGUCCCAGACCCGGUGGCUUAAACUCA